AUGGAAGACAAUCCUUGCACCUCAACGGAUGCAGACCAAUGCACAGAGCAAAUAGAAAUGAAAAGAUGGACCAAAGACCUACGGUCACUGCCAAAAUUUAGCCAUGCCUUGCUACGACAGCACUUGGGAGUUGAAGGGGGAAAUUAUGCUAGCAGAUACAAGAAACUGGGAUAUCGCUUUUUUAAGGAUAGAUAUGUAAACAUAGUCGAAGUUAAAGCAGAUGUAUUGAAAGGUAGCGAAACUCUUACUCACUUCUUG